AUGUCUUCUAGAAAAAGACAUGGGAUUAAGAAGACGGUAUCAUUCUCAGAUGAUGAAGCCUUUUUGAGAAGAAGAAGCUCCAAAAAUGAGAACAAGCGAAUGGGGUUGUUAAAUCCGCCAGUAUACGUUCGAAAAACCAUUGGAACAGUUCCAAUCCAUUUGCCAGGUUUGACUUACUAUUAUUUGAAAAUUUCGAAUGAUUUUGACACCGUUCGGCUUUUAUACAUGUUGAUUGUCACCCAAUUGUUGUUUUUAGUCUUCCAGUUCAAUCGAAAUACCAUUUAUGGUAAUAAACGUUUGAAAAUUCAUUUUGGAUCGUUGGCAAUAUCCAUUGUUGCAUGCUUUUUGCUUACAUUACCCUGUAUGUUACUCAUUGUGUUGAUGGGUGCACCUUUCGGGAUGCUUCUGUGGGAAACUUGGCUUUUGGCAGCUCAUUGCUGUUUCUUGGCUUUCCCAGCGGUGUAUUCCGUCUUUAACUGUGAUUUUAAAGUCGGAGUCUUUAAGAACUAUUUUCUCAGCAUCUGUAUAGGUUGUUGGGUAAGUUGCGUUGUGAUUCCAUUGGAUUGGGAUCGACCUUGGCAAGAAUGGCCCAUCCCACUUGUUGUAGGAGGAUAUUUGGGUGCUUUCGUCGGGUAUACAAUUUGCUCAUACGUUUAG